UUGGCGUGAUGUUCUUGGAAGUGUACUAAUACUAGCCCCAUACGCAGGAACAGAACAAAACCCCUCUGUACUGUAGUCUGUAGGAGGAUCAACCGCGAACUAUGUCGACCAAGGACGGCGUGGCCACCGCGGACGACGAAGAGGUAACCGAUAUUAUCGUCCAGAGGGUGCCGUACUGGGACCCGCCGGCAGUCCAGCCGCUGGACACGAACGAGCUGACCGAGUGGUCCCUCUACCGCGCCAUGAUCGGCGAGUUCACGGCCUCGCUCAUUCUGGUCUACGUGAGCAUCUCCACCGUUAUUGGGUACAAAUUCCAGUCCUCCGGCGCCGACGAGAGGUGUACCGGCGUCGGGUACCUCGGCGUUGCCUGGUCCUUCGGCGCCACUGUCUCCGUCCUCGUCUACUCCACCAGCGGCGUCUCGGGCGGGCACAUCAACCCGGCGGUGUCGUUCGCGCUGUUCCUGGCCGGCAAGGUGUCGCUGGCGCGCGCCGUGCUGUACGUAGUAGCGCAGUGCCUCGGCGCCAUCUGCGGCGUGGGCAUCGUGAAGGGGAUCAUGAAGCACCCUUUCGACUCCCUCGGCGGCGGCGCCAAUUCGGUGUCCGAGGGCUACUCGCUCACGGCGGCACUCGGCGCCGAGACCUUCGGCACCUUCGUCCUCGUCUACACCGUCUUCUCCGCCACCGAUCCCAAGCGUACCGCGCGCGACGCCUUCGUCCCGCUGGUGGCGGCGCUACCUAUCGGCUUGGCAGUGUUCGUGGUGCACCUGGCGACCAUACCGAUCACCGGCACCGGCAUCAACCCGGCGAGGAGCCUGGGCGCCGCCGUGCUGUACAACCAGCACACGACCUGGAAGCAGCACUGGAUCUUCUGGGUCGGACCCUUCACCGGCGCAGCCUUGGCGGUGUUCUACCACAAGAUCGUGCUGCGCGACAUUGCUGUAGUCAAGGAGGCGCUGCUGGCGCUGGGCUCGUUCAGCAGGAGCGGCUCGACCACUUGAAGACCGAGGAGAGGAAGACCAUGCGCAUACACAUAUGUUAGAUUCAUUUUACUUUGCGGCUUAGUGUGUAUAUAUAGAUCUUUUGCUGGUUCAUUAAGCCAGGAUGGGAAACUUGCAUGCAACACAAAGGCGUGUGUGUCCACAUGAUUGCAUGCAUGCAUGUGCGUCGUUGGGGAAUAAUUAAAUUGGAUAUAUACAUUAUAAUUACACUACACCUUGCCUUGACGUACUUUGUAACACAUGUUUUAUGUUCGGAAAUUGGAAUAGUUGUAAGAAAUAUGCGUUUUGUGAUGCUAAUGAAUCUAUCAACCAUUUAUCUUU